UGAAGCAUGAGCCUCCUCGCCCGCCGCUACCGGCGCUGCGCGGGCUGCGGACAGUGCGCCCCGGGGACCCGUGCCACAGCCUCAGGAUCCCGUGCGCCCGCAGCCGGGGCGCCGGAGGAGCUCGGCCGGGCGCUGGCGGCAGGCAAACUGUGGGUGACCGCGCCUGCAGGGGACUUUGCCAUUCGUCCACUGGAACCUGGGGAGGAAGAACCAGAAGCACCCCAUCCCCUCCCCCUCCACCAUUUCGGAUACCCCGCAGGGACUCGUUUUUGGGUUCCCACUGACUUCCAAGAAGGACGCGUGCCCGGCUCUGACCCCAUCGCGGGUGGCCACCUGUCUUUGCCGCGGUGACCUCUCUCCCAUGACCCUGCGGUGCCUCGAGCCCUCCGGGAAUGGCGCGGAAGGGACGCAGAGCCAGUGGGGGGCCGCGGGAUCCGCGGAGGAGCCGUCCCCGGAGGCGGCGCGUUUGGCGAAGGCCCUACGGGAGCUCAGUCAAACAGGUUGGUACUGGGGAAGUAUGACUGUUAAUGAAGCCAAAGAGAAAUUAAAAGAGGCACCAGAAGGAACUUUCUUGAUUAGAGACAGCUCGCAUUCAGACUACCUACUAACAAUAUCUGUUAAGACAUCAGCUGGACCAACUAAUCUGCGAAUCGAAUACCAAGAUGGGAAGUUCAGAUUGGACUCUAUCAUAUGUGUCAAGUCCAAGCUUAAACAAUUUGACAGUGUGGUUCAUCUGAUCGACUACUAUGUUCAGAUGUGCAAGGAUAAGCGGACGGGGCCAGAAGCCCCCCGGAACGGCACCGUUCACCUUUACCUGACCAGACCGCUCUACACAUCAGCACCACCUCUGCAGCAUCUCUGUAGACUCACCAUUAACAAAUGUACCGGGACCAUCUGGGGGCUGCCUUUACCAACGAGACUAAAAGAUUACUUGGAAGAAUAUAAAUUCCAGGUAUAAGUGCUUCUCUUUUUCUAACCAUGCCUCAUAUAGAGUCUCUCCGAAUGCAGCUAUGUCAAAGAGAACCAAAACUUGAGUGACUGCUCUGGAUAACUACUCGGGAUUCUAAAAACAGCUGAAGUCAAUCUAAUUUAAACCUGUGCCGAGGUAGCUAGGUAUUUAAAGUUCCCCCAAAUAUUUUCACCUGAGAGUGAUGCUUACCUUCCUGAGGCUGACCAAGACCCCUUAAUCCUCUCAAGUUAAAAACAAAAUGUCCCAAGGAAAGGCUGAAAGGAACGUUUUAUCAGAAUGCCUUAGUAGUAGGUAGUCUGAAUGCCUUUCUGAGGUUCCUCCUUAUUAGGUCAAAGGUCCACGCCCCGGUAGUAGGGAGAGAACUGGAUGCAGGAGUACAGAAGGAGUGGAAGGAACCCAACUGACACCAGGCUUAGCUUCAAUUUUAGAUGCCUGGUGGUCAGAGUCCCCUGUGGGCCAUUUUCUCUUUUUGCAUUCUUGAUGUACCUAGGAAUUUUGUUAAACAGAUAAGCUUGUGAGUAUUUAUCCUUCAUUUAUGCAAUUAACCAAAUCAACCAAAAAGGUGACCAUGAAAUCCUGUAUUUGACUUUUUACUACACCUAUGAACUCUCUCAUGUGAAUGAGUACUGUAGUAAUCCGUUUUAAGGGAGCCUUAUCUCA